AUGCAUCGCACCUAUUCUAUGCGCCAGUCGCGCGCCCCGACCGCCUCGCAGAUCGAGAACCCUCCACCACCAUUGUCCUCCACCAAGUCGGGUCGGUGGCUAGGAAAGGGUGGUAUCGGCCAUGCAUUCCGUAAAAAUGCGGCCGGUGCCUUCGGGCCCGACCUCGCCAAGAAGCUGUCACAACUGGUCAAGAUGGAGAAGAACGUCAUGCGCAGCAUGGAGCUCGUCGCACGGGAGCGCAUGGAGGUCGCUCAACAACUCUCCAUCUGGGGCGAAGCCUGCGAUGAGGACGUGUCGGAUGUGACGGACAAGCUCGGUGUCCUGAUCUACGAGAUCGGCGAGCUGGAAGACAUGUUUGUCGACCGCUACGACCAGUACCGCGUGACAAUCAAGAGCAUCCGCAACAUCGAGGCCUCCGUCCAGCCCAGCCGUGACCGCAAGCAGAAGAUCACCGACGAGAUCGCCAAGCUCAAGUACAAGGACCCCAACUCGCCGCGCAUCGUCGUGCUGGAGCAAGAGCUCGUCCGCGCCGAGGCCGAGUCGCUCGUCGCUGAGGCUCAGCUGUCCAACAUCACCCGCGAAAAGGUCAAGGCCGCCUUCCAGUACCAGUUCGACGCGCUCCGCGAGCACUGCGAGAAGGUCGCCAUCGUUGCCGGGUACGGCAAGCACCUGCUGGACCUGAUCGACGACACCCCCGUCACCCCCGGCGAGACCCGCCACGCCUACGACGGCUACGAUGCCAGCAAGGCCAUCAUUCAGGACUGCGAGGAUGCCCUGACCAACUGGGUAAGCUCCAAGGCGGUCGUUAAGUCGACCAUGUCGCAGCGCUCGCGCACCCUCUCCCAGCGCCACCGCAACAACGUCAACAAGAACCGCGACGGCGUCGACCUAUCGGGCCAGGACCAGCCCAUGACCGGCGAUCGCGACUCUUGGCUGCCCGCCGACCAGCACGCGAGCUACCACGAGGAGGGCGAAGAUGGCCUUAGCACCGCGGAAGGUGAGAUGCGCGGCCGCGAGGAGGAGCGGGAGCCCAUCGCCGCCUAG